AUGUCUUCAUCAGCUUUAUUUGCCAAAUGGGAUUGGGAGAGAAAUGUGACACAUUGGGCCGAGCAUUGGUCGGAUCAAGCGAAAUACGAACAAGCGGUCAUUGUUGAGGCCGAGAAGACGAUCUGGGGACGGAUCUUCAACUAUUUCCAUCCAAUUUACUGGGAUUAUGUGCAUCGGGAAUGCCUUGAGUUGAACGGAACGUACCAUCAAUUCACAAAUUACCCGCUUGGAUCCUGGUAUCUUGCUUCGGGAAUCACCUACGAGAUCAUUUACAUCCCGGUUCUUUACAUCAUGACACACAAAGAAUUCUUUCAGCACGCUUGCUACAAGAUUAUGUUCUUCAUGGGUAUCAUGGAUUGUAUCAGCUUAGUCCCGAAUGCUAUUUUGGCUGGUUUGUUUGCU